AUGGCCAAUGGAAGUGCCAACUUGACACAGACAUCUAUCAACUCAACUCAAUUGAAUACCAUGACGCUGCCAAUACAUGUACGUGUACUCCAAGCCUUGCUGUUAGUGAGUCUAUCACUGGCACUAUCAGGGCCAUCCUUCAGUCGACGAGAUGCCUGUUCUUCCAUUCUGAUUGCCGGCACAGCAUGUACUACACUACCAAUAGCACCAGCGCAUGCGUCUUAUCUAGACCCGGAAAUGGCGCAAGUCACCAAACAAGUCUACUUGGACGUCGAAUUUGGAGAAGGUAGUACCAAGGGUCGUAUUGUGAUGGGACUCUUUGGAGACGUCAUGCCACGCGUCACACAAAACUUUGUAAGUCUCUGUCAAGGCAAUCGGUAUGCGGGAACCACCUUUUACCGCGUCCUUUCGGAGCUGACCGUCCAAGGUGGCGCCAUUGGAGACAACUCGGGCAAAACGGGCACCAGCAGUUUUGAUGGCGGCAAGUCGUUUGAACCCGAUAAUUACGAUCUGAAGCAUUCCAAAGAAGGACUCGUCAGUAUGGUACGCAGUCUCGAUGGUAGUGUCGAUUCACGAUUCUUUAUCAAUAUUGCGCAAGAUGCCGGAUGGGCCGAUGAUCGAUAUGCCGUUUUUGGAGUGGUGCAACAGGGAAUGGAUUUAGUACAUCAAAUGGAAAAGGUAAAGGUCAAACCACCGCAAAACAAACCCAUUGAUCCAAUUGCUAUUGUCGCCAGUGGAGUGCUGUAGUACUAGCUAACUCAUUAGUCAAUCUAUCUAUCUGUUUCAUACUACCUACAUGGAUAGCUAGUAUUUCAAUGAUAAAUCCCAUAGUUAUUGG